UUUUCUUCUUCGUUUCCUUUGUCUUUUCUCCUCAUUUUCAUUUUCAAAAAAAGUCAUAAUGUCUUGAAGGCUUGUCAAAAUGUCAAGCUAAUUAAUCAAACUUUGAUUUGUGGUCGUUGGUAUAAAUGCGUCCUACAAAUGCUAAAUGAAGCAGAAGAGGAACUGGAACUCGAGCUCCCUAAAAAAAAGCCAUGGCGGGCUUUAAUUUCCUUCUGGAUUUUUGGACUGUGUAACAAUUACGGAUACGUGGUCAUGUUAACAGCUGCAGCUGAUAUAAUAUUCACAAGUGGGGGAAAAAGGAGCAAGGAAAGGGAAUGCACUUAUGUAUCCACAGGGACGAUAUUACUAGCCGAUAUAAUUCCGGGAAUUUUUGCAAAAUUGGUAACGCCCUUUGUCCCUUUUUGCGUGAGAGUACGAAUUGUGAUUUGUGUGUUGUUGUCAGCUUCUGGAUUUCUUUUUGUGGGUUGUGGACGAAUUUUGACAUUGUCUAUUAUUGGAGUUGUUGCAACGUCCUUUUCUUCAGGACUUGGUGAAGUGACUUUUCUUCAAUAUAGUUCGUAUUACGACAGUAAUGUGCUCUCCACUUGGAGUUCAGGCACUGGAGGGGCUGGAGUUAUAGGCGCCCUUUCGUACGCGCUUUUGCAAAACAUUGGCUUUACGUUAACUUUGAUGAUAAUGCUCCUGAUUCCGUCAACAAUGGCUUUGACUUUUUUCAUGCUUUUGCCGAAACCGCAGCCAACUGAGACUGCGGUAAUCCAGCAAGACGUUAAUGCCGAAGAGAUCAAAAAACCCAAAGAGACACUAAUUAAGAAAAUCAUGCACAUUCCCUCUCUCUGCAAGUACAUGAUACCGUUCGGUUUGGUUUAUUUUCUGGAAUAUUUUAUAAAUCAAGGAACUUUCGAGUUGAUUCAUUUUAAAAAUACGCGUUUAAGUCCCGAUGAUCAGUACAGAUGGCUUCAAGUUAUCUACCAAGUCGGUGUUUUUAUUUCACGAUCUUCGGCCAAUUUAUUUUAUAUAAAACAAAUUUGGAUAAUGUCGGUGUUACAAGCUGUUAAUGUAGCAAUUUUUACAACUGAAGUCAUUUAUUUUUAUUUGCCGAAUUUUUGGAUUGUUGUUGCUUUAACUCUGUGGGAAGGUCUCUUAGGUGGGGCCGCUUAUGUUAAUACAUAUUAUCGAAUUCGUAAUGAGGUCAAAGAGGAAAUGCAUCAAUUUUCAAUGGCAAUUACGAGUUUUUCCGAUAGCAUUGGAAUUUCUCUAGCUGGAAUUGUGGCAGUGUAUGCACAUAAUGCCAUUUGCGACCUCCCAAUGCCAAAACAUAGUUAUUAAUAAAAAAUAUAAAAGUUGAAGCAAAAAUCUUGUUUUUCUUAGAAUGUUUUUUCCCUGGACUAUUUUUUUGCAGUUAAUUUUUGUCAUGUCAAUGUUUUAA